CCUAUCCUGCCAUGGAACAACACAGCAGAGGAGGAGGCAGCAUGUGAGCCAGGCCUUGAAGAGGGAGUGGGAGAGGAAAUGGGUCAGCAGGGCAGCCAGGUGCAGAGAAGCGAGGGAUGUGUGGCCCUGGCAGCCAGGGGCGGAGCCGGGAGAGGGGAAGGAAGGCUGAGCGGGAGGGCGGGAGCGAUCUGCACUCGGCCGUCCAUGCGUCUGUCCCCGGCCUGCUUCUAGAUGACACCCCCGUGGCCACCGCCAAGAACAUGCCCGGGGACAGCGCGGAUCUAUUUGGGGACGGCGCGACGGAGGAUGGCAGUGCCGCCAACGGGCGCCUGUGGCGGACGGUGAUUAUCGGGGAGCAGGAGCACCGCAUAGACCUGCACAUGAUCCGGCCUUACAUGAAGGUGGUCACCCACGGAGGGUACUACGGCGAAGGCCUCAACGCCAUCAUCGUCUUCGCGGCCUGCUUCCUCCCGGACAGCAGCCUCCCCGACUACCACUACAUCAUGGAGAACCUCUUCCUGUGAGUGUCCACCCGCGCCGGGCAGCCUCAGGCCAGUCCUGACGCCUCCCUGGACACAGGGACACCAGGCUGCAAGGACUGCACCGUGUGUGGCUCCAGGAAGCCUGCCUGGCACCAGGGAAGGGCGUGGCAGCCACAGACCUGCAUCUGUCCCUGCUGGCCCCAGGCUCACAGUGGCCUUCCUUCUGGGCCACCUGUGCUCCCUUUCCUCCUCCUCCUCCCCUUCCUCUUCCCC